AUUCCGUCCGUUAACAAUCCCGCCGUCGCCUGUAAAUUACCCUCUGCCGUAUCAUAUUUCCAUAUCUUCCUCCACUUCUAAAGGAAAACCCUAACCUUAACACCGACAGUGAUAAUUGGUCCACCUCGACCCUCCAAUGCCGAUGUCAUCAUCCAUUAACCUAAGCAACAACAGGUGUCGUCAGCAGAUGCACGGAUACACUUUUAUGGUGGGGUUCAACGAAUCGAAUCAAAGAUCAUUGGUCUUGUUUUAAAAUCACGAACUUUGAUUCGAUUUCAAUGGUUUGUAAAUUACAUUUGUGGUUUGGUUGUUUACGUUAUCUAAGUGUCUAGGUGUUUGUGUUUGGUAUAUCAAUUCAUGUUAUCAGUAAAUAAAAUGAUCUAAACCGAAUUUUUUUGUGAAAACAUGAUGGAAUCUUGUUAAACUGAAGUAAAAGUUAAUCAAAUUAAUUCAAUGAAUGAAUAAAAGAAAAAGAUAUGACUUAUUUGUAUUACAUUUGCGGCAUUAAUUUGACUUGUACUUAUGACGCAAGCGAGAAGGUUGUAAGGGUCACCCGUUACUAUACAACCAUAUAAAGCAAAUCCCCAAUUUCUACUGCAAUUUCGCUUUGUCGACAUUCUUCUCCUUCUCAAUUACUAGGGUUUUUUCUUUUUUCAUUUUGAUAUGUACAUUUCAUCAAACCUUUUCUUCGUUGCCCUAUUUAUGAGAUAGAGUAUUUGAUGAAAAGUUACGAUGGAUCCGAACUCUGUGCUGUACAUAAGUUCCGAUGAAGAACCUGGAUGGGAUGGUGACGAUGACAGAGUAAUUACUGUUGGCUUUGAUGAUAAUAAUUGGAUAGCAGAACUCCUUGAUGAGGUUAAUGGAGACGAUUGCGGUGCCGGUUGCCAUGAUGGAAGUGAUGAUUCCGAUGAAGUGGUGUUAGUUAGUGAGGUUUUACCGUCUAGAAGACCUAGGAAGAAACCGACAUCGAAGUCGUCGUCCUUAAUUGAGUUGGAUGAUGAGUGUGUGGUGCUCGAUCAUGAUCCUGGUAAGCCUAAAGAGGUCCGGAAUGAUGAUCCAAUCUCUCGAAGUGAGAAUGGGGAUGAUGAUUCAGAUGAUCUACUUGUUGUUAGCGAAACAGGCCAGGUUGCAUGCCGAGAUUACCCUCAUCCAAGACACCUUUGCAUCAAGUUCCCUUUCUCGUCUACCCCAAACGAAAGUCAUUGUGACCAGUGCUACUGUUAUGUUUGUGACUCACUUGCUCCAUGUCUCUAUUGGGGCAAUGGCAGUGGCACCAUCGACCAUUGUCAAGCCACUGAAAAAAUCGAAUUCUGGAAACUGGAAAGGCAAAAUUCCAAGAACAUAAAUAAAUUAACCGAUGUCCCCCUCCCCCAUAUGAACAUGGCCUCACUUCCACUUCCACUUCCACUCCCACUCCCACUCCCACCACCACCACUUCUGGUUCAAACUCCAACCAUGACCCACAUUCCAGUUCAAAGGCCAAAUCCUAUCCGGGUUUGCCCAGUAUCACCCAAUCUUGGAUCCCCAAACAUGAUUAACCAAAACCGAGCCCCGUUUUUGUUAUCCAGGAACAAGUAUCAACCCGGUUUAGUCUCGCAACAGUUGAUAAGAACAAGUAGUUGUAGCAUUCCGAGAGAUAGAGGCCACCAAUACCAUAAUUAUACAUUUAACAAACCCGUAUUUAAACGAACUGUCUCACCUGGAAUUGCUUCAACCGGAAACCGUAACCACCAUUUUUACAGCUCACACAGGGACAGGGACAGAAACUUGUGUAGGCAGCAAGACUAUCGUGUGCCUGAAAAUUCUGUCAACACUUCCGCUUCAUUUCCUCCAUCUUAUCUUCCAUUCCAAGAACCGUUGCUUUCACCGGAUUCCCAACCGCAAGUGAAUUCCGAUUCCUAUGUCGAAAGCCCGAUCCCGAUUCCAUUCCAACCGCAACCGCAACCGCAACCGCAAUCGGCUCUGCUAAAUUACGUAGUUCCUUGUGAAGAAGCAUCCCAACAAGGAAAUCAUAAUCAUGGUCAAAGAUCAACAGUUGAUCCGAAGUUUUUCCAUGGCAUCAAUUGGCCGGAAAGCCAGACGAACCACCUACCUGCCGCCCAAACUGCAACUCCGGCAAACAUUGAUUCCGGGGAUUUGGUUGAUUAUCGGUAUGAUAAUUGGGGUUAUGAUUCCGGAGCUUGUGAACCAAGUUCUAUGGAGAUUCCUGGAUCAUUUGGGUUGAAUGAGUUCUCCCCUGAUCCUGCUUUCCUUGACACAGGUACCAUCUUUGACUUUUGAUAUGUAUAAUGGGUGUAUGUAUCAUGUGUGUUUCCGACAAUGCCCUUUUGCCUUUUGCUUAGCAGUUAACUGAAGAGGAAAAUGGUGUUGGAAUUGGAUAGAGGUUCAUCUUACUAAUCCUGGUUCCUUAUGUUUUCUUGUAAUUUUGAUGCACAAAACUAUUGAGAAGAAUGUGUAUACUUAGUGAUGUGCCAUGCAUCUUAAAAUAGGAUUUUGAAUGUGAGUGUUAUUUUAAAUAAUUUAUAUCAUAUGAUCUUUCAAUA